AUGAAACGUAUAAACGAUUAUUUUACUAGUAAUACUAGCGCCACAAGUGCUAAAAAAAAUUGUACUCAAUUUGAUGCUGUUGAAAAUAUAAAUUCCUCCCCUUCUGGUAGCUGUAAUUUUGAACUUACAACUGAGAAAGUCUUCAGCAAGGAACCAUCAUUCUCUAUAGAUACUUAUAAAUUACAACUUGAAGAUGCUGACUGUGAGACCAAAAAAACAAGGGAAAAUGAUUCUAGUGACGAUGAUCAUGAUAAUUAUAGUGAUAUUACAUCAAAUCUGGAUUAUAUUAACACAAGUAGUGAUGAUAUUGAUGACUGUGAAUCUGAAGAUGCAAUUGAUGAAGCUAGUGAUAUUACAUCUGUUCCUACAAGCAGCCAAUCAGUCAAAAUCGUUAAACAAGUUCCUGGACCAAAUGAUAUUUCUCAAACCCUAGAUGAUGGACCAAAACAGCCAAGAUUGGUAUGUUACCCUAAAACCAAAUUUGGUAAAAGAAUGAGACAUUUCUCAUCAAAAUGGUUUGAUAGUUAUAAUUGGCUUGAGUAUAGUAUAAUAGAUAAUUCUGCUUUUUGUUUUCCAUGUCGUUUUUUUGCCAAAAACAAAGACAAACCCAUUUUCAUAAGUGUAGGUUUCAAAAAUUGGAAAAAUGCAUUAGAUCAAAAUUCUGGUUUAAGGAAACACAAUAAUAGUGAAGAACACAUGAUUUCAAACACUAUGUGGAUGUCCUACUUAGACAUGAAAAAAUUAGGUAAUUUGUCUGUGGCAUCAUUGAUAAAUGAAGGUCAUAAGAAAUUAGUUUUAGAAAAUCAAAAUUAUAUCAAGAUGAUUGGGAGAACAUUGUUGUACACCGCUAUUCAAGGCAUAGCACAGAGGGGUGACAAUGAAGAAGAAAGUUGUGCUAACCGUGGUAACUUCAUUGAACUUUUAAAUUUAAUUGGUGAUAUUAGUGAUAAAUUUAAAAGUAAAAGUAAAACAUUACCAAAUAAUGCUAAAUAUACAAGCCCUCAAAUCCAGAAUGAAAUGUUUACAAUUUUCAAUAAAAUGAUCCGUAACAAAAUUAUUGAUGAAUUACAAAAGUGUCAGUAUUUUUCUAUAAUUGUUGAUGAAACAAAAGAUAUUACUAAAGUGGAACAGUUAUCAGUUAUAUUAAGAUAUUACUUAGAUGGUAUAGUAUAUGAACGUUUCAUGGGGUUUAAAGCUGCUCAAUCAUUGACCGCUAGUUCUCUCUUUCAAUAUAUUAAAGAAAUACUUUCUAUUCAUAAUGUUGAUAUACUGAAAUGUGUUGCUCAAACCUACGAUGGUGCCAGUGUCAUGAGUGGAAAGAAUAAUGGGGUACAAGCAUUAUUUCGUCAAGAAGUACCUCAGGCUAUAUAUGUACACUGCUACAAUCAUAGGCUUAAUCUUGUAAUUUCUGACGUUUGCAAAAAUAUUCCAACUGUGAAAAUGUUUUUUGAUAUUGUAGAAAAUUUAUAUGUAUUUGUAUCUGGUUCUGCUAUACAUUCAAAGUUUAUGGAAAUUCAAACAAUUAUGAAGUACAGACCUGCUGUUGAACAUAAAAGGAUAUGUUUGACAAGAUGGACAGCGCAAGUCUUUGCUUGCUUAGCAUUAAAAAAAAGGUCUUAG